UGAUCUUCUAGCUAGGACUACCGUAUACUCUAUAUACACCGUACGAGUACGAACGUACGAGGAGCUAGGAGUUUAUGUUUCCAGUUUCGUGACUGCUGUUCGUCGGCGUUUCGUUUGGCUUCGACUCAUACGAUAGAUCAGGUUCAGAGACAGAAGUGAAAUUUCAUCAAAUUUGCCGUUGAGGCCCUUUGUUUCAUGGACAUGGCCGGCUGAGGAGUGAGCUGAGUUAGGCCGGACGUGGUUAGCAGGCGCAGGAUUACAGGUGGAGGAAGCCCCGGCCCAGCCCCAGCCCCAGGCGGGCAUAAACAAAGACUAACUAUGGCAGAGGCUGUUCGACCCAAGGGCAAGGCCAAGAGGAGGACAGGGGGAAAAAAUAAAAAAGCUAAAUCAAGUGAUCCUCUGCUUGAAGGGGAGUCAUCUGCAAAGCUGGAGUCAGAGGAAAAACCCAUUGAGGAGAACAAAGAGGAAAGUACCGAUUCCAUCUCAGGUUCUUUACGGAAGAGAGGUGAAAGAGACCAAAGUCUAACAGCUAGUGAAGAUCCUUUGAAUACUGAAUCUUUGAAGAAAGAAAAUAUUUCUUGUUUUCGAGUGUUGGGAGAUGAUAAACAGACUGGAGAUGAAGUGGAGGAAACAAACCAAGAAAGAAAAAGAGAUGAGAAAGAGGACAGUGAACCUGAAGACUUAUAUUCAUAUGCUGCAGAAUCGCUUGAGAAAGAUUUGAAACAUGGUGAGGCAACUGCCACAGCUUUGAUGGUUUCUUCUGAUUUUAAACACAGUGGGGCAAUUACCACAGCUUCGGUGGUUUCCUCUGUAAUUGAGUGUCAUGAAGAAGGUGCUUGUGCUGCUGAGAAAGAUGCUUCUUCAGGGAUUCAACAUUCAAACAGAAAUCAAGAUAGUACUGUGCAAGGGACAUCACACAAUGAAGAAGUUCUCAGGAAACCUAAUCAAUCUGAUCUUGAGGAUACAGUGGCUACUGAAACGGAAGAGAUGAUUGAUGAGAGCAAAGGGAUGUGUGCAUCCCAAGGAGAUGAUAGUGUAGAAAAAUUUGACUUCUUGCCAUUUCCCUCUAAAGAAGCUUCCAUUGAUGAGUCUCUUCAGGAAACUACAUCUAAAGAUGAGACUACUUCAUGUGAUACAGAACAACCAACAGCCCCACCAGCUGCUGAAGUUCUUACACCAGGAGACAUUGAUGAAACAAUUGAUCCACUAAGCAGCAAUCAAGGCAAGUUAGGAACACCAGUCAAUGAGAACCCAGAACCUAAAGAGCAGCUUGAAGUGAUGUCAGGAGCAAUCACACUUCAAGAAGUGGCUCCAGGAGAGGAUCCUCUGUUUAUCUCUGGUUUGAAGGUUCAAGAACAAGGUGAAGGAGACAUUAACAGAUCUGCUGAAGGAAUUAAGGAAGUGACAAGUUCAACCAACUCUCAAUGUAAUAAGGCUGUAAGAACAGAAACAUGGUCAAUGGAAUCUAUGCUACCACUUAACCAAAAGGAACUUGAGUACUAUUACUUCAAUAGCAUGCUUACUCAACAAGAUGCAUUUGUAGAGGAAUUCAUGAAGGGGAACUAUGUACUUGACAAGCAUGAGUUUUAUGAACUUGUGAGUAACUAUCUUCGAGCUCGGAUAAAUGUAGGAACUAUUCAAACUGAGAUGAAAGGACAGAGGGAGGAUUACUUGGACAAUGUGGAACAAAUCUGGAGCUUUACACAGAAUGAGAUUCCUGUAAAGGGUCAGUGUCAAGAUGAUGUGGGUGUGAAAGCCAGCCAUACAUUCAAGAUUGUAGAGUACCAUGAAGGAAAACUGAAGGCAGUAGAGAAUGCCCUUUCUCAGCUCCGCAACCAUGUCCAUAGUACCUAUGCCCUUGUCUCAUAUACAUCACAGCUAUCCAGGCUUCAAAUUGAGGUCUAUAUACAUCACCUAUUGAAUAGGUCUGACCUGUUCAAAGAUGUUGAUAACACCAUAUCUGUUGGAGCUCAUUUGGUGAAUACAAAUUCUUCUGUGGCUCAAGGUGAUUUAACCAAAUUGAGACAGUGUAUCUCAGUUCUGUUUGCAUUCCAGCGUAGACCAAUCUCAGAUUCAGAGUUUGUUGAAAACUCUAGAUUGUGGUUACAUCGUAUGGUAUGUAUCCUCUUGAGGAUAGCAACUCUUGAUGAUCAUAUGUUCAUCUUUCAACACUUGUUACGAUGUCCUCCAGGCAUUACUGAGUGGGCUACUACAUUUCUACAGGUGCCAGCUCCUGUACAAGAAGCAGCUGGAAACCGCCAUCUUAUUAGCAUGGAUGAUGUCCCAUCAUCUACUCAAGGUCAAAUGUCACAUGAUAUCUGGGACAGCCCACUCCUUCAUCACUUCGUUAACAUGCUAGCUACCCUUAUGGCUCCUGUCAGAUACCGGGAUGAGUUCUUGGCUAAGAUGAAGGUUGUAUCAAACAACCCUUUUUCCUCUAAUAUUAGUGAUGCAACCAUCAAUUGGACAUUGGUUGAUGAAGAUCUAGAAUCAGAAGAUGAAGAAUCAUCUCAUAAUCUACUGCUCAAUGAAGCUGAUCUUGUGGAGCUGUUAGCUCAAUUUCCAUUCACGGACUUGUUUAGUCACAUUCUCUCUCUGGAUAAAAGUACUGACAAAGAGUACAACAUAGAGAAGGUAGAUAGCCAAGAUAUACUGAAAUUAAUUGCAUUCAGUUCAACUCUCAUCCAAAUCUUCAAUACUGGCCUUGAAACCUUCAAUAGAUCAAGAUAUCGUCAGUUUGUCAAGAGAAUCGGCAGACUAAUCAGGCACACUGUACAGUAUGUAUCUUAUCAUUGGACCAACUACAAGACAUGGAGACUUGAAGUUUGCAGAGACUCAGAAGGAACAAUCUUACCUGGUUCAAACUCUCACCAUGAGAUAACUCUACAGAUGAUACAGGUUGAGAUUGAUGAGAUGUUCUUCAGGGCGGUGCAGUGUAUUAUGAGUGCUCCGAGGCUUGGCACAUGGCAAUUCUUAGCUGACAUGCCAUACUCCUGCUUGUCAUCUUAUAUGAUGUGGAAGUUACUAUGGUUUCUACAUCAUUCUGAUAAAGGAGAAGUUUGCUCAUCAACCUCGAUCAAUGUUAAAACCAGAGCCAGGUUAGAUGAAUACAAGUGGGACCUUUCAGAUUCUACCAAAAUAGCAAAUUUUGGCAAUAGGCUCCUGAACAUGCCAAUGUCAGAGGUAAUAUAUCUGCUAACAACAUUUGCUAACAUGGCCAGUGCUAGAAGUAACAAAGAACCUGACUUCGUAAUCACUAUCACUAAUGAAGUCUAUGAGCUUGCUUAUGUGAACAAAUAUACCAGAGACUCAUGUUCUAAGGUUGGAAGGGAAUUACUUGCUAGUGUGGCACUCACUCAUCCUUUCAUUAUCACCAACAUCUUCAGUCUUAUCCAGUCAUCCAUGGAUGUCAUUGGAUCGAUGAGUGUAUACUUAUGCUCUGAAUUACCUGUGCAUCUUUGGAAACCUUCUGUUUCUGAUAUGAGCCUACUACGAGGUUGGAUUUUAGAUCAUAGUCCAGACUCUACGAAGAACCAACUAGCAAGGCUUAUUUUAUCCAAACUUGACUGGGGUUACACUGAACAGGAGGAUGAACUAGUUCUGGAUAUCAGCCUUCAUCGUAAGGUAGCUAUCUUGGUCAUGGAAGCAUUCACUAAACACAUAGCAGAGAAAUCUCAAGGAGCCUUCAUUGCCUCAACUAUUUCUUGGGGAAUAUCUGUUGUACUUGGAGAUGUGGUUAAUCUAGAUGUAUGGUGUUGGGACCUUCUCAACAAACUACGCCUCCAUAGUCAAGAUCAACCAACAUCCAUCCUUUCUGCAUCAGGAGGUUACCACUCUAAAACAUCAGAAGCAAGAGGAACAUCAUUGUCAUCAGAAAGAGAUUUUGCACCACCAGAUUUGAAUGGUGAUCCAACUCUUUACCCUGUCAACAAAGCACUGUCCAGCAAGAUACCCCUGGCAUGUUAUAUAGCUGUGGCAAUGACAAAAGCAGGUCAUGACCUUGAGGAAUUCUUGACUAAAGGCUUGGAGUAUCUCCAGAACCUUAUUAGUGCUGGUUGUUACAGGAUGUGUAUACCUCUGAUAGGAAAGAUUGUUCCAACCUUCAUUGCAUCCGGUUGUCAAGAGUAUCUUCUACAGAGCGUCAAGUUUGUCUCUUUAGUAGAGGCCAUUCUAACUGCUGAUCAUCAGUAUACCAGAAUACUUGAGAAACUUUCCUUGUCUUUCCAAAGAGAGUGUACACACCUUUUUUCUAGUAUGAUUGCAACGCUUCUACAAGGUAGCAAGAAGCCUGGCUCACUUCCUGGCUUGACUGAUACCAUGCUUGAAUUUUGGCUCAUUAUCCUGACAUCCUGUAAGAGUUGGCAUACCAAUCAUGAUGUAUGUCAGGUUCUAGAUGCAACCUUAGAGUCUGCCCUUAUCAGUCACAAAGCAAGUGAUGUACUGACGCAAGAAAUCUUCAUGACACACUUCAGGAAGAAUGUGCGUAAUCCUAGGGCUAGCGGUUUGCUAUCAUCUGUUAUGUCCCUAGUCUCCUCAUCCAGUCCUUUACCCACCAUGACAGAGCAAUACAAGAAAGAAUUCCCUUGGCUUGCUUACUCUCUCAUGUUAGCAGAGACAAGAUUUCUGCAGGAAAAUGGGGUGCUUCAAGUCAUCUCACAGGAGCUUCAUGCCAAUGCCAAUCUGACCAAUGACCAAGCUCUCAAGAGAGCUAACCAGCAAUUAAAGAGUAAUUACUUGGUGAAUGCAAACCAGCUACCUAUCUACCGGUGGGCUCAACUGGCUUUGGAUACAGACAUCAUGCAUCCUCUAUUACCAGUUAUAUGGCAAAUGUUCUUUACUCUUUAUCUAGAAAGAAUGAAGGCACCAGGCGGGACUGUAGAGCGAUAUAGCAUAGGUUACCGCUUUUUCCAGUGCUACAGUGAUGUAACUUUCUUGAAGAAGCUGAAACGUCAACUUUCACAAACUGCGGACUAUCAUCAUAAUGCUAGUCAGGGAGACAUACCUGAAGGUCACUUCUCUGAAGGUCAACCACACAUGAGACAGAAGAACACUGUAGAGGGUGCUGUUGGAGGAAAUGAAGGAGUGGUUGAUGGGAAUAACAGCAAGGAUUGUGAAGCUAUCACUGACAAGGAAAUUCACAAAAAGCUUCUCAAGCUGUAUCAGACAUUCCUCCUUUGGCUUGAAGAACCAUUACUUCAUGAAUCAAGUUUAUAUCUACCUGCAUUACCAGACCAGUAUGACAGAGAGAAACUGGCAACAAUAUUUGCUGCUCAAAUGGAGCCUUGGAUGGAGUAUGUUGAUUGGGAUCGUGUGAGUUAUGGAGUAGACAUAUUGGUAACCCAAUGGCUUCAGGUUACAAGACCAACUAUGUACAGGAAUAAUAGUCUCAUUGCUCAGGAUCAGGAAAAAGAAGCCUCAACACAUAUUCUCAACCAUCUACAUCAGUAUGAGAAGCCCAAACCAGAGCCAGAUGUCAAAGCCUUUAUAGCUCCCAUAAGAGAAAUACCAGAUAACGUUUUAGUGGAUCAUCAAGCUAUGCUCCAGUUAAUUGAAGGUGACCUUCAAGAGAUGCUCAACUAUGCCAACUCAUUUUCAACGAGAGAAAGCUUGAAUGUUGCAUUGGACCUGAGUUAUAUUGAGCUCAUGCCUACCCUCUAUCAUAAUUCAGAAGUUGAGACAAGACUAGAAAUUCCUUGUAGAUCAGCAGUCUCUUCCAGGCAUCGUUGCUUAGGACCAGCAAAGAUUGUUGUCAGGCACCAAGAAUGCAAGCUAAGUGAUGCUGUGAAAAGAAAGCUGGAUGAAAACAGAACUGAGUACAAACAGCUAUCAAUAGAAAUGGAAUCACCACCUCCUCCAAUUAUCUGCACUGCUGCAGUUCACAUUGAGAAUGCCAUUACUGAUUUGAUCAAUAAGAGUCGUUUAUCUACUGGGGAAGAGAAGGUGACCCACAACCAAGUGGGUGUGGCCUUGCUAUAUCACCUUGCCAACAAGAUGAAUGAUGAUUGCAGGCAUUAUCCUCCUACCAGACAGUUUUUUACAUCGUGUAUUGAGAUUUUAGGGCAGGAAUUUGUGAGACCUUAUCCUGAGCAAGCCCAACCACUUCUCCUUGAGAUCCUAACCAACCAUCAGCUUGCUGGUGUGUUAGCACCAAACUUUGUUCCUUGCAACUGUCCUUCAUCAUUUGUUCAUAUGUACACAGAAGUAGUUAGGGCUACAGUUAAGAACAUGCAGGAUCUUGCUUUUAUGCUCCUGACUAAGUUUGACAUAGCUUAUUGGUUGGAGCAGUACCAUCCCACACAUUCUACCUGUUCUCAGCUCAUCACCAUUAUUACUGAGGCAUUGGUUGCCUGUGGAGGGAGACAGGAUUCAGACUCUAUACCUCUCCCUCAUUAUGAAGUUUACAGAUCGCAUCUACAGACCGUCUUUCUCUAUAAUUUCCCUCAGCAUUAUUCCUUUGUUAUUCACAUAGUCAUGAAAGGUAUGGAAGAAAAGAACUUGAAGCUGAAAAUCCUGGAGGAUGUCUUAAAGACACUGAACUGUCAUAUACUUCCACAGUUUGGAGAUAUUGGACCAAAACAGAUUGAGAAACUUGUACAAGAAGAAACCCUUCUCUCAGUUGGUGAGCUUGAAGAAAGCGUGGUAUGGAUGGGUAAUUACUUCUCUAAUCAAAGACAUAGCAAGCAAGAUCUUCUUCGGUUUGGUCUUUACAGUCAUUGGAAAGAUUACAUGCCAACACUUUCUAGUUUUCUGGGUUAUCUUGCUCUCAAUUUUGUCCUGAAAGAAGCAAAGAGGCUCCAAGAGACUGAUGGAAAUAUCGACCAAGGUAUUAGGAAGCUGUGGGAAUUAGUGCUAUCUUUGUUUGCACCAUGGGUUGGAUCAGCAGAAGCUGCAUCAUCAACAAGGCCUGGACAAUUUGAUGUUGUACCAGCUUGGAUGGAAGGAGAUGUGGACAGUGCUUUGGUCAUGGUGACACUAUUUAUUGAGACUACUAGCUUCAUACAGGCUCUCUUUCAUAAUGCCCAGCAUCCAGCAACAUCCAAUGUACUCUCUUUGUUCUGGUCUUACUAUGUACGAUGUAUGGUGAAGAAAGGAGUAAGAGAAGACAUUCUGUAUACAUACCAUAGGGCAAUGACUAGUCUACCUUGGACUGAAUUCUUUCCUGAUGUUUAUUGUAUGCAAUCCAUGGUUAAGAUGUAUGAAGAAGGACAGGAGAGUUGUGUUCUUUUCUUGGCAUCUAUCUUCCAUCGUAUCCAAUGGACAGGUAUACUAGAGUGUAUAAUCGCAAGGGGUGACAUACAGACUGCUAAUCUCUUUCUGUCAGCACUACUUAGUAUGCUCAUCAUCUUUAGCAACUCACCACAUAUCAUGCAAUCACAGGGACGCAAUAUAAAGGUUGUUAUUGCCGGAGCACAUGAGUUACAUUGGUACCUUAUAGAUGAAAGCUGCUAUCAUAGUGCCACCAUGUGGCAGCUCAGGAAGAGUAAUCCACGAUUUGUGUUGGAGGAACACUCUGUUGGCUCAAUAUUAAAGUUAAUGCGAGCUGUAGGUGGAGUUGAAAGCAAGGAGCCACCAAACUUGCGGCUAGCUUCCAAACAAGCUUCUUACAUAGGAUUGGUUGUUGGCCUUAUGUGUCAAUGCUCGCAAAACAGGGAGAUCAGAGCUGAAGAGUUUACAAACCCACUCCAUGGUCUUCUCUAUGACAUCACUAUCAUAUCUACUUCAGCGGGUCCAAGAGUGGAUUCAUCUUCCCACUUGUGUUCUCUCCUCACCACCGUGUUAUCACUUCUCAAUGGUUGUUCACCCAUUACCGGUGCUCCUGAUGCCAUUCUCAGAGGACUUACAUCAUGGCUUGCUACUUGUGCUGAUAAUAACCUAGUACUUCAAAUUAUCUCAGUAGCAUGUAAUUCCUUGGCCUCCACCAAACACAUGGCAGUUAUCAUUGAGUCUUGCAUUGAUUCCUAUUUUGCUACAGUGAAACCACCACCUAAUGAUAAGACUCAUGGCUGGGCUAGUAUUGUAUCAGUUCUUCAGAUCCCACAGCUAUCUCAUGAUGAAUUCCUUCUUCAAUGCUUAGAAGCUGGUUCAUAUCUCACUUUGUACGCAUACCUUGCACAGAAGCUUCCACAGUGUAGGAGCCUAGAGGAGGAGACAGCUAUAAAUACUAGGCUGUUAGAGUGGUGUAUCAACUGCAAACCAAGUCGAGACCAUGAGUACAAGCUCUUACUUUGGUGGUACAAGGCUAUUGAGCUUAGUGUGAGGAUGAUCAACUUUGGAGCCCCAGAGAGUAAUGUGUGUCGCUCUCUCAAUAAUCUAGCGCCAGCCAUUUUGACAUUAGGAGAAGAUAGGAAAUCAUCUGGUAUCCUAGGAGCAUUGGGUUUUGGUAGACAUUCACAACUCUCUUUGAGCCCUGAGUAUAGCUUCGAAGUUCCCAGUCCCUUUUACCUCUCUCGAGUCAGCGAAAUACAAAGCAUGCCGACAGUCGACCAGGUAUGGUACGGUAUACGAUAUGUACUUACUCAUGCGCUGGCUGCAUUAUAUGCAUGUGUGCGCGCUGCUGAAACGUAAACAACAUACCGUAAUCGGCCGAUGUCCUUAGUGGUUACCGUACCGGUGAGUACGACUUUCUGACAAACCUAUUUAUUUCUUUUAUUAAUGAUAAAUUUGUUACUUAAAAGUCUCAAGAUCUAGAAAUCUAGGCAUUAUUGUGAUAUUGGGAACCACCGUUCACUUCAUACAGCAGUGCUUUAUUCAGUCACACGCACGGUUCCCCAUUUCCACCUCCAUUCACUUCGUACACAAGUGCGCGUACACAAAUCUACGAGUGGUUCCCCAAAACACGAUUUGGCCGAAAUCUAUAGCCUAGCCCUAGGCCUAGGCUACUAUCAAAUGCUGGUCAUAAGUGGUAAGAAAGUUUUUAUGUUAUAGGCAGUGACAGUGUAUACAGCCACAUACAUGUGGCCACACGCGUGUGGUUAUGAAGUGAGAAUAUUAUUUGUAGGCCUAGAAUCUAUGUCAACAUCAGUGAAAUCGGGAGAUAAAACCUUCAUGAUGAAUCUUUGAGGUUACCUUUUCUUGAUAAUUAGGUCAAUCCAAUGACCUACCUACCCAGUUUCAUUAACACAUCCUUUAUAUUUAAUCCUGUAUUUUAACAGAUUCAGCUACCUGCCACUCAAUGCUCCAAGGCCAAGCUGUGCCAGUCAUUGGCGGCGGAAGCCAAAAAAUUUAGGGGGUGUCUACCUGAAAUUUUGGGAUGGACACAGUUAAAAAUUUGGAAAAGCGCCCCCCAAAAGGUUAUCAACCACCUAAAUUUUAGGAGUUGCUAACCAAAAAAUUUUGACAAGCAAAUAAUAAAAAAAAAGGGUCAUCAACCUAAAUUUUAGGGGGAAAACACACGUUGAGGGGUGGUCCACGGGAAUUUAGGGGGGGACGCAGGAAAAAAAAU